AUGGUUGCCGAGCACCUCACUAUCCGCAACAACACCUCCACUCCAAUCGUCCUGAAGCGCAUUGAGCGCUUCCCGGCACCGGAGAAGGAUGGGUUCCAUGCCUUCAGCACAAUGGCCAGGAACCUCACCCAGGUCCUGACCAACCAAACCCGCAACGAGGAGGUCUCCUCUAUCGAACAGGACAGCCGUCCCUUCGAGGAGAAGGAUGUUGACAUUCACGUGGAGCCGUUCGCAACGAAGAAGACCGAGCUACGCUCCUUCAUCCACUCCGACAAGGAGCGCAUGCGUCUAACCUUCGAGGCCGAAGGCCAGAAAUACCAGAUCCAAGCCCCCGUCCCAACAGCAGAGUCUGCAGGAAUGAAAGCAUUAAAUGAGAACCCCAAACACCGUUUCACCGGUGUCUUCGUGGUACCAGAAUCCUUCCUUGCGAUCUUCUCCUCCGCGAACCUGAACGCCUGGAUGCGCGAGCUCCGCGACGACACCCUUGUCUCCGCCCUCUCAAUCCCAGGCACGCACAACUCACCCACCUGCCACGUCGCGCCGCCCUCAGUGCGCUGCCAGGCCGUGAGCCCGAAAGAGCAACUCGAGAACGGCGUUCGAUUCUUCGAUAUCCGCGUGCAGCCACAGUACCCCGACGAUGCGGCACGCGACGAGCUGAUCCUUGUACACAGCGCGUUCCCCAUCUCGCUGACAGGCAACAAGUACUUCCGCGACCUGAUGCGCGAAGUGGACGGGUUCCUCGAGCGCAACCCCUCCGAGACGCUGAUCGUCUCUGUUAAGCGGGAAGGAACCGGUAACGCGACUGAUGAGCAGCUCUCGCGGAUCCUGCACGACCACUACGCCAAGGCUGGUAGUCGGUGGUGGGUGCGACCCAAGAUCCCGACUCUGGGCGAGGCGCGUGGAAAGGUUAUCCUCAUGCGCCGGUUUAACUUGCAGCAGAAGCUGAAGGAGGAGCAUGGUGGUAAUGGUUGGGGUAUUGAUGCUGCUGCGUGGGCGGACAAUACCCCCAAUGCUAAGUGUCCCAGUGGUCAGCUCUGCAUUCAGGAUUUCUAUGAGGUACUGGAGAGUAUGAACAUCGAGAAGAAGAUCAAGUUUGUCUCGGAGCAGAUUGAUCGGGCUAGCUGCUGUCGCUAUCCGUUCGGUGUUCAGCCUGAUAUGCAUGCGACCAAGGCUUUCCCCUUCUACGUUAAUUUCUUGAGUGCCAGCAACUUCUGGAAGACCGAUACUUGGCCCGAGAAGGUUGCUGCUAAGGUUAACCCGGCGGUUGUGGAUUAUAUCUGUCGCCGAGGUAAAGAGAAUGAUGCGGACUGCUCGACAGGUAUUCUUGUUACGGACUGGGUUGGUCUGAAUGGAGAUUGGGAUCUUGUGCGCUGCAUUGUGGGCAUGAAUGCCAAAUUGCGUUUGAGACAGAACUAG